AUGAACACAAGCUUAUUCAUUAGAGACGACAAAACUUCCUCAUUUCUGUUAGAUCUUGAGUGUAAUGUAUCGACCCCAAUCAUUAAUGAUCUUCUCGAUAUCAAGUUUGCAUUUCCUAAUUCCAUAAAUUUACUAGAACUGAUAGAUUUAGACUUCCAUUACAACACUUUUCAGUCAGAGCUACGACUUGUUGACAUCGUAGAAGCAUUGAACUACCUGUUCAGUUCGUUAAUCAUCAACUUAGAGUUUAAAUUUCCAUUUGUGUUCUCAUUCUAUGGGAGAAAGCUAUUCAAAACGAACUAUAAUUGGCUUGUCAAGAACCUUGAUGAAGUUUUAUGCCCAUCUUCUCCAAACCACCCUUCCAUACCUCAUGAUAAAAGUGCAGCCUUUUUACAAUCCAUGAAAAAUGUCCAAUUGAAAGCGCUAGCGGAAUACAAUACAUUGAGUGUCAUGAAAGAAUGUGAUACUUCUGGAACUAAGUCGGACGCAUGUAAGAGGUAUAGACGUCGAUUUCUUGGUUCAGGCAUCCCCUAUACUCCUAAUUCCCCCAUUAAAGCCAUGGUUUAUGACUUGGAGCUCUUUGAUCUAAGCUCUAUUGAAAGUCAUCUUGAUAUCGAAUCUGUCACGUGA